CCUGACACAAGCACGCAAUUGAUUCGGUCAUCAUCUCAAGAUCUCACGCAGCUACCAGGUGGACAGCUUUCAAGUUUCAUGCGAGCGAGAGCGUCCGCCUCCUCUGAAUCUGGUUCCUAGCCUUUCAAAACAGCUGAGCUGGGGCCCGGGCUGUUGCGCUGACUGGACGGGCAAGGAAGUUGGACGCUCGUGGACUUUGGCCAUGCAGGUGGAGGCGGCCCAAAGCAAGAAGGUUGUGGUCCUCUUUAGAGCAACUGGGGAUGCCCCUAUUUUGAAGGUCAGCAAGUUUAAGAUUGGGGCUGCAGAGAGGUUUGCUAAAGUUAUAGAGUUCCUUCGGAAGCAGAUUCACAGGGACACUCUGUUUGUGUAUAUCAACAGUGCAUUCUCGCCCAAUCCCGACGAGCUCGUGGCAGACCUGUUUGACAACUUUGCCCUGGAGGGGAAGUUGGUCGUCAACUACGCAUGCUCCCUUGCUUGGGGUUAGCUGCACCGCAGAGGGACAGCUGUUCGAAGCAUUGAAGCAAUAAGAGCACUCAAGGUUGAGAGUAUGAGCUUCUUUCAGCGACAGCCGCCGCAGUUAGCUAGCAGCCCGUUCUCCUCGAGCAUCUUUGGUAAUAUUAGCUUGUUAAGUCAGCAGCAGCAGCAGGAGGCUAGUAGGGCAUUCCUUGGGGAGUCGAAGGUCAUGGAUUCGGAUAUGAGGCUCCAGUCAAUGGAUGAGACGCUCAGUGACAAUGAGCAAGAUGAUUCUCAGAGCGAUAAGAUGCCUCAGACAGUUUCGGACUUCUUUGGGCGGGAGCGGCGGUUGGCACAGAACAGAGAGGCUGCCCGGAAGUCUCGGCUGCGCAAGAAGGCGUACGUGCAACAAUUGGAGGCAAGCAGAAUCAGGCUGCAGCAGUUGGAAGAGGAGCUGCAGCAGGCUCGUCGACAGGGGGUCCAGCCACAUACAGCAGCAGCAGGUGUCAAUGGGGCCCAAGUAAACCCUGCUGUAGCGGCGUUUGACAUGGAGUACGUCAGAUGGGUUGAAGAGCAGCAGAGGACUCUGGCAGACACCCGGACUGCCCUGCAGAACCAUCUCCCAGAUGCCGAGUUGAAAAAACUCGUGGACAAGAGUCUGGCGCACUAUGACACCAUCUUCAGGCUGAAGAGCGAAGCUGCCAAGGCCGAUGUCUUCCAUCUCAUGUCUGGCACCUGGAAAACUCCAGCUGAGCGCUGCUUCCUUUGGAUGGGGGGUUUUCGGCCCUCUGAGAUGCUCAAGAUUCUCAUCCCCCAGAUUGAGCCCCUGACUGAGUCCCAACUCCUGAGCGUGUGCAACCUCCAGCAGCAGAGCCAGCAAGCAGAGGACGCCCUGUCCCAGGGCAUGGAAGCCUUGCAACAAAGCCUGGCCGACACCCUCAGCACUGGCAGCAUCUCCACUGUCCCAAACAUGGCCAACUACAUGGGCCAAAUGGCUAUCGCGAUGGGCAAGCUCGGGGCCCUUGAAACGUUUGUCCGGCAGGCUGACAGUCUCAGGCAGCAAAUGCUUCAGCAGAUGGCUAAGGUGCUCAACACAAGGCAAACUGCCCAAGGACUACUUGCCAUGGGCGACUACUUCUCCCGUCUUCGCGCGCUGAGCUCCUUGUGGUCUGCUCGGCCUCACGAGUAGUUGUUGGGUCCUGGCUUAUGACCAGUAAUUCGCGCGUAUGUCACGAUUGCGUACAUUUUGCAGUUUGACAAUCUGGAAUUCAAACACGGGAGGUUUCGUGUAGGGCUGUCUAUAGGCUGUGUUUUGGGUCUAGGGAGAAUUACAGUGGGUUUGAUAUGAAGUCACCGCUAUACAGUAGGCAGGCUGUUGCCAAUCCAUCAAACAGGAAUGGUUGGCCAGUUCUUUUUGAGAAGCAAGCGAGUCUACAGAAGUUCUGGAUAUUUUAUAAGGAAUGUGUUCAAGCACUACUCAUUAGAUUGUUGUGGCUAGGGGGUGCAGAUUGCAUAGAACAAUGUCCUAGCUUGUACAAUAGAUGUAGUAAUGCAUGGCUUUGAAUGUCGGAGAUUGGGAGUGCAACUUGGACCGGAUGCUCUUUGAUAUUCCAAUUAUAAGGCUAACGCUGUAAGUUUUGUAAUUUCACGGCCAGGCUUGCGGAACUUGCCUCAAGAGUUGUUGGUGCAGUGUGCUGGAAGAUUGAUCGUGAAGGUUGUUGAUUGCUGUUAAUGUCUCCAAUAUAGGUACCCUCCUUCCCAGACUUUGUGAUGAGUGUUCAAUAUUAAAUGUAUAUCUGAAGCAAUAUUUUAGGACAU